UUAAAGAGAACCGGAAACUCGGUGAUGAGGAAGAAGUAGUUAGCAAGUUGGCUAUCAACAGCGACCUGUUUGGAAAAGUUCGUCAUUAUAAGGACUACAGUUCCUCAAAAUCUUAACAAUGUCGGGAUCAUCGAGCGUCGUGGCGAUGAAGAAAAUUGUCCAACAGUUACGCCUUGAAGCUGGCUUACCUAGAGUCAAGGUGUCCCAGGCCGCGGCGGACCUGCAGCAGUUCUGCCUCCAGCACGCCCAGCAGGACCCUCUGCUCACCGGCAUGUCGUCCAGCAACAACCCGUUCAGACCGCAGAAAGUCUGCUCCUUCCUAUAGCAGCGACCAGCCUCUGGCUCUGUUUUGGACAUUGUGGUGCCGUGGAGCUGCGCUGUGGACUGGAAAAGUCUCAGGAGCGUUCGGGAAUAUGGGGACAAGAAACUAACUUAAGUUUUUUACUUUUGCCUUUUUGUAAAAUCUCAUACUGAAACAUUUCCAGGUGCUUAUGUGACACAGUACAAGUCUUAACCUCCUUGCUUAAAGGAAACUAACUCGUAUCAACACACACGUGUGCCUUUUGAAUUGUACAUUUUUCAUGCUGAUUAAGAAUAAAUAAAUGGUAUUUCCACAUUUUAA